CCAAAACCAUAGCAGGGGAGGAGUCCUAGAGUAAAAGCAUCUCUCUCCCUCUCUCAACAGUCUCUGUCCUCAUACAUGGCUCCUCGAAACCCACAUAUAAAUAUACCGCGCCUCGUUGCCCGUGCGCUCUCUCUCUCUCUCUCUUCCGUGUGUGUGUGAGCGGCUUGAUAGCUGCCGUGUCUUCUCCUUCCUCUAUUUUAUCACCCUCCACCUCCCCAUUCUUCACCUCCCAAGAAAUCCUCUCGCCUAGCUGGAGAAUAGUUUCUCACCUCACUGAGCUCGGAAAACUCACCUCGAGAACGAGAAGUUACUGUAGUUUCCCGUUCUGACCGCGGGCAUCAUGGACACCUCGCACCACUAUCCAUGGCUCAACUUCUCCCUUGCUCACCACUGUGAUCUGGAGGAGGAGGAGAGAGGCGCGGCUGCCGAGCUGGCCGCCAUAGCUGGCGCCGCACCACUGCCGAAGCUGGAGGACUUCCUAGGCGGAGGUGCCGGCGGCGGUGGUCCGUUGUCCGGAGCCGAGGCGGCGGCCGCGGAGAUGUACGACUCGGAGCUCAAGUUCAUAGCCGCCGGCUUUCUGAGCGGCGCGGCUGGAGCGGCGGCUCAGUCACCGGUGUCUUCCCUCGAGCAGGCCAACGGUAAGUUGGCCCUGCCUGCCGCGGCGGCUCCGGCGCCGGAUCAGAGGAAGACCGUGGACUCCUUCGGCCAGCGAACGUCCAUCUACCGCGGCGUCACACGGCACCGGUGGACGGGCAGGUACGAGGCGCAUCUGUGGGAUAACAGCUGCCGGCGUGAAGGCCAGAGCCGCAAGGGCCGCCAAGUGUAUUUGGGUGGCUAUGAUAAAGAGGAGAAGGCGGCGAGGGCAUAUGAUCUUGCCGCACUGAAAUAUUGGGGUCCUAGCACCACGAUCAACUUUCCGAUUGCUGAGUAUGAAAAGGAACUUGAGGAGAUGAAGAACAUGACACGGCAAGAGUUUGUAGCUUCACUUAGGAGGAAGAGCAGUGGAUUCUCUAGGGGUGCUUCUAUAUACAGAGGCGUCACCAGACAUCACCAGCAUGGGCGUUGGCAAGCAAGGAUCGGAAGGGUGGCCGGUAACAAGGACCUCUACCUUGGAACAUUCAGUACUGAGGAAGAAGCUGCCGAAGCCUAUGACAUUGCGGCCAUCAAGUUCCGCGGCCUGAACGCUGUUACAAACUUCGAGAUCAGCCGGUACAACGUCGAGAGCAUAAUCAGCAGCAACCUUCCAAUCGGGAGCACGUCGGCCGGCGGCCGGAGCACCAAGGCCCUGGAGUCUGCUCCGUUGAGCUCCUGCGACGCCAUGCCCGUCGAAGCCAGCACCGCGCCGCGGUCGCUCGCGUUCGCGGCUCUUCCGGUGAAGUAUGACCAGGCGGAGUACCUGUCGAUGCUCGCCUUGCAGCAUCACCAGCAAGGGAACCUGCAGGGGCUAGGCUUUGGCCUCUACACCUCCGGAGUUAACCUGGAUUUCGCAAACUCUAAUGGCACUGCUGCUUCAAUGGCGCAUUGCUACGCCAAUGGCGCCUCACAUGAGCACCAGCAGCACCAUCAGCAACUGCAAGAUCAGCAGCAGGAUCUGUCGCAAAGCGCCAACAGCUGCUCCUCCAUACCAUUUGCCACACCGGUUGCUUUCAGUGGGUCCUAUGAAAGCUCCAUGACGCCAAGCCCCUUCGGACACUACCCAAAUGUGGCAGCCUUUCAGACACCGAUCUAUGGAAUGGAAUGAUUUGGGGAGGUGACCAUGGCCUGGCCUGCUGGCAUUUUGCAUGGAAAACGAAAGGCCUGAUCCUGGUGUGAUGAGAUCAAGACUGACAUAGUUCUCACCCAAAAAAGACAAAGGGCGGGAAAGAGAGUACUGGUAGUAUGAUGCAGACAUAGGAAGCAGCAUGCAGGAGACGACACUGACGAGUCAGAGACAGUGGAGAAGACUCAGCUAACAAAAUGAUCGAUGCAGCGAGCUUAGCUUAUCUACUUUCCCUUUUGUAGCCUUUGUUUCUUUCAGCUUUAUCUGUGGUCAUUGCUGAGGCUGAGCUUUGUUUGUUGCCCUCGGCUCCCUUUGUGCUUUUCUUUCUACUGUCAUUAUUCUGCAAGUGCCAUCAUAGCGUAGCCAGCCCUGUACAAUGGAAGCAGGAACGUCUUUAGUUUGUACCCUUUUUCUCUUUCUCUUUUCUGCUUUCCUUUCUCGAUCGCUUUAGUUGGCCCCCUGUUCUGCUAGCAACCUUCAGAGUUCAGAGGGGAUAAAUGUUCAAUCUCUUGUGUACUGAAAGAAGAUUAUCAAGAAAUAUAGCACUGCAACUCUGAAUUUCACAAUGCUAGUUACUACUGGAUCAGUAGAAAAGCAUCUGGG